CUCACUCCCCCCCUCUCUCUCUCUCUCAUCUUCCCCUUCUUUCUCUCUCUUCUUUGCGUCACUUCCAUUCUCUCUCUCCCCCCUCUCUCUCUCUCCUCUGUCCUGUUUCUUCUGUACCGUCGUUGAUUGCCGCAACCUCUUCCCGGUCAACUGCGGUGAUCUGACUCAGAUGACUCGCCGCUCCGAUCCAUCGACGGUACAAUUCCUCUCGCGUUCCUCUCAGAUCCGUUCCCUUGUGAUUAUGUUCUUAUAAGCUCUGAAUUGGGUAGCCCAGAUGCUGGGUGAUUGCUGAAUCAUAGGGUUUACGCUUCCGCUAUUCCCGACCAAUGAUUCCUCGGGUUCUUUGAUUGAAUCCCCUAGCUCAACCGUCCCUGAUCCGGGGCCUGAUUGGCGGUUUCUUAGGGUUAGGGUUCGCUUUUUAGGAAAUGUUCAAGAAGAUCAUAAAGGGUGGGAACCGGAAGCCCUCGAAGUCCGACCCGAAUAGCACUUCCUUAUAUGGAUAUAGCCAGCCUGGGAAUCGGAACUCGGGCUCGGCGUUGGCCCCAAAUGUGGUCGUUAACCACGCCUCACGGGGAGGUGCAGGGGCCCCUACCCCGCCUGGUGGGGUUGCCGCUCCAGUUAUGGCUCCACCUUCGGGCACCAUCGAGCCCUUGCCCGCCUUCCGCGAUGUGGCAGUUGCAGACCGACAAAAUUUGUUCCUUCGGAAGCUGCAGAUUUGUUGUUUCCAGUUUGAUUUCACGGAUACAAUGAAGUCGGUUCGUGAGAAAGAAAUAAAGAGGCAGGCCCUUAUGGAGCUGGUUGAAUAUAUACAGUCAGGGUCUGGAAAAAUUACAGAGCAUUGUCAAGAGGAGAUGAUAAGGAUGAUUGCGGUGAACAUUUUCCGGUGCUUGCCGCCAGCUUCUCAUGAAAAUACAGGUCAGGAAAAUGCCGAACCUGAAGAGGAGGAUAUGUAUUUGGAGCCCUCCUGGCCCCAUUUGCAGCUAGUUUAUGAGCUGCUGUUGAGAUAUGUUGUUUCCUCGGAUACUGAUACGAAGGUUGCCAAAAGGUACAUUGAUCAUUCCUUCGUGUUGAAGCUGCUUGAGUUGUUUGAUUCUGAGGACCCGAGAGAGCGGGAGUAUUUGAAAACGAUUCUCCAUCGUAUAUACGGGAAGUUCAUGGUGCACCGCCCUUUUAUAAGAAAGGCGAUCAAUAACAUAUUUUAUCGGUUCAUAUAUGAGACAGAGAGGCACAGCGGUAUUGGUGAGCUUCUUGAGAUUCUUGGGAGUAUUAUCAAUGGUUUUGCACUUCCGAUGAAGGAGGAGCACAAGUUAUUCCUUGUUCGAGCCCUCAUUCCUUUGCAUAAACCGAAGCCGAUAGCAGUGUAUCAUCAACAGCUGUCAUACUGCAUUACCCAAUUCGUUGAGAAAGAUUAUAAGUUGGCUGACACAGUCAUAAGGGGAUUGAUUAAAUAUUGGCCCGUGACGAAUUGCCAGAAGGAAGUUCUCUUCCUUGGGGAACUAGAAGAAGUGCUCGAGGCAACGCAGGCUGCAGAGUUUCAGCGGUGCAUGGUUCCCCUGUUCAGACAGAUUGCUCGCUGCCUUAAUAGCCCUCAUUUUCAGGUCGCAGAGCGUUCCCUCUUCCUAUGGAACAAUGAGCACAUCGUGAGCCUAAUCGCCCAGAAUCGUACCGUGAUACUCCCAAUCAUAUUCGAAGCUCUGGAGAGGAACAUCGAGAGCCACUGGAACCCGGCGGUUCACGGGCUGACUGUCAAUGUCCGGAAGAUGUUCAUGGAGAUGGACACGGAGUUGUUCGAGGAGUGUCAGAGACAGUACGAAGAGAAACAGGCCAAGGCCAAGGAGGUAGAGGAGCAGCGGGAACUAACAUGGAAGAGGCUUGCUGACGCAGCAGCACAGAGUGGAGGAGGAGACGACAUGAUCACUGUUUAAGAAUAGAUAGAUUGGUGGAGAGGUGAUACGGUUCAUCUUUUCAUCCCCUUCAAUUUUUUUUUUUCUUUUCCCUUCUUUCGGUGUAAUUCUUUUGUCUUUCCUCUGUUUGAUACUCUCUCCCCCUUUUUGAUUUUUCUUUCCCUCCUUUUUUUUUCCUCAAUUAAUUGAAGAUAUCAAUCAGGUAAAAAAGGAAAGCAGCAAAGCCGAUAAAAUGUAAUUUAAGGUGUAUGGAAUCUCUUAGUAAUAUAUACUGCAGAUUGAGAAUCUCUGCUGGGAUUGCGGAUU